CAUUCGCCUCGUACCGCGCACGCUCGCUCCGUCCAAUCGAAUGCGUCGUCGACGAUCGUCUUCUCCGAUCUGCGAUUUCGGUUCCUCAGUGCAAUGUGAAAUGGCCGACGCCGUGCGCGACGUAACCGCGACCCGUUCACAAAAUGUCACUAAAUUAAUUAAUUCAAACAUAAUACAUUAUGUAUCUUGUUUAAGAUAAAUAACACUAUCUUGGAGCACCUUUUAAAAGUUAUCGUAGUGCCGACAGUGAUGUAGUGAGUGAGUUAUUUCGUAAACAAAAACAAUCGAACUGAAUGAUGUCUGUAACACCGCGAAAUGAAAAGUACAACAACCCAGGCAACAAUUGCUGGGAUGAGGCCAAUUUAAAUACUUCAGUCCCGAGUGAUACACAUAGGCAUUCUAACGAAUCCGGAUUUGCCAGCAUGCAGUCUCUCCGAAGCAGCUGCCAGUCCUUCACCAAGCGUUCAUCCCAGCAGAGCUACACAGGCUUCACCUCGAGCAACGGCAUCAGCCAAAACCACUCCACCAGAACCAUCUCUGACAACAUGGUCCAGACGAGCUCAUCAUCAUUCUUCACCAAAGAAGCAACAUCCUCAUCAUCAUACAACUCAGUCACAUCACACGAUAAUGAUGUCAUGAAAAUGAAUAUCAACAUGAUGGCAAACGCUUUCUCGAAUAUGAUGAAUUCCAAUAAUUUGGAAGGAUUUAAUAAGUCGACUAGUGAGGCUAGUCAGGUUGUCAGUAGGAGGAGUGGUAAGGAGAAGACUGGGAUGAAUGUGCAGAGCAGUUUUGAACAGUUUUCAAAUGAGAAGAAGACGGUUGUUACUAAAAGUGUGGUCAAGUCGGGGCAGCUUGUGCAGACUGAUGAAUUUAAUAUGAGUUCGGAUGUUUGUGAUAAUUUUAGCACUGUGGGAGAUGACAAUCUUCCACCUGUAUUACCAGAAAAAACAAUAAAGAGUCGACAAAAAAGAGAAAGACACCAUUCGACCUAUGACAAUCUUUUGGACGAAGAUGAAUACCAAAAUAAUGAAAGUCUAUUGAGCAAUCUGUCUUCGUCCGAAGAAACAUUUGAGAGACGACCCAAAGAACACUCAUCUUUAGAUUCAGCAGAACCACCACCGUUACCACUGAAGAAAAAACACAUAAUGGCAUACAUGGAGAUGUUCGGAAACUGUUCGAGACCAGGAGGCGCCGGUAUGACGAUGUCGGCCUGCACGACGUCCUCAUCGGCCUGCUCGGCGCAGUACAUCAUCGGCGGAGGAGGCGUCGGAGAAUUCACGAGGCAUUCGGUGCACGCCUGCGCCGCGCAGGAGCAGUGGAGCACCGGCGCAGGAUUCGUUACGAGUCGGCAGGGACAUCAUAUGGCGCAUAGCGCCACCAUGACGGCACAGUCAACCGCCGCCGUCACGUCACCUAUCAACGCUUCCUGCUGCAACAGAAAUCGAGAUAUCGACCUGCUCCACGCCCAAAAACUCGAUAAGUUCUAUUUCGCCGCAGAGUUCUACAAAUCUAGCACCGCCUUCGCCGAAAGCCUCCAACACCAGCACCACUAGUAAUUCUAGUCAAACUACGUCUGUGACUCCUCCUGCGCUGCCUCCAAAGAGACGGUCGAAGGCUAGCAGCACCUGCUCUGCGGAUUCGGUGCCUCCUGCAAGCCCCACCGUUAAGCAGAGCCUGCUGCAGCAGCAGAACGAGUUGGAGAGGUCGAUUUAUGGGCAGCAGGAGCAGAGGUACUCGGAUGCGUCUGAUAUGCCAGAGAGCGAUAGGGACUCUGUUUUUCUCCGCAAUUCCGACAGUGAUCUAAUAAUACCAGAUGAUGUCCCUUGCCAAAAUCAGCAGAUAAUACCACAAGAGCCUAUAGUAAAUCCUUUGGACGAAUUGGAUGUCUCGAAUUGGAUUUUGCUCAAGAAGGAAGACGAAGAAGGUCCUGAUAUACGAGGAGGACAUCCUGAUGCAUUGAUAGUGCUGGCCACUAAAGCUAAGAACGAAUUGUUAUACCAGGAAGCAUUCCUCACAACGUAUCGUACCUUCAUAACACCACAAGCGCUCGUCCAGAAAUUGUGCUACAGACAUCAGAGGCUGGUUUGUCAACCUGAUACUGCUAGACAGCGAGCAGCCAAAGAAGCCUUUUCGAUGCUUGUCAGAAUUGUCAGCGAAUUAACUCCUGGAGAUCUUGAUUCAACACUGGAGCCCCUGCGAGAAUUCUGUUACCAGUUGAUUGCUUCAGGGCAUCUUACGAUGGCCAAAGUGCUCAGGUCGAAAUUGAUAGAGAAAUAUGAACUUAAACAAAAUUUGCAGACUCCUUAUACGACUUUGAGCGCCCAGUCCGUGUUCACUAGUCAAGCAUCUCUGACAGAUUUCAAAUCGGAGCACCUUGCAGAACAGAUGACUUUGCUGGAUGCUGAAUUGUACACCAAAAUAGAAAUACCAGAAGUACUCUUGUGGGCACGAGAACAGUGCGAGGAGAGAAGUCCCAAUUUAACCAGAUUCACAGAGCAUUUCAAUAAAAUGUCUUACUGGGCUCGGUCACGUAUACUGGACAAACCAGAGGCCAGAGACCGUGAACGUUACGUGGUGAAGUUUUUGAAAAUCAUGAAACAUCUUAGAAAAAUGAAUAAUUUUAAUUCCUAUCUGGCUUUGCUGAGUGCUCUGGAUUCGGCGCCUAUAACCAGGCUGGAGUGGCCCAAACAGACAACGGAAAUGCUGAAGGAAUUCUGUGCUCUGAUUGACUCGAGGUCCAGCUUUAGGGCUUACAGGCAGGCUUUGGCAGAAAGUCAGCCGCCUUGCAUACCUUACAUUGGUCUGGUGCUGCAGGAUCUAACAUUCAUUCAUAUCGGGAACAGUGACUUGCUUCCAGACGGUGGCAUCAACUUUACGAAGAGAUGGCAGCAAUAUCAUAUCGUGAACAAUAUGAAGAGGUUUAAAACAGGUUCCUAUGGCUUCAAAAAGAAUGAACGCAUAAUAGCCUACUUUAGCAACUUUGAUGACUAUUUAAACGAAGAGGCAAUGUGGCAGAUAUCGGAGAGCAUCAAACCGAGAGGAGGCAGAAAGAAUGUGCAAUAGGAACUGAAAUUUUAUAUACGUGUUUUAUUUUAAUAGUAUUCUAUUAAAAUGAGAAGCAGAUCGAAGACUUGGAUAUCAGGUAUUU